AUGGAUUUUAGCACUUCAUCGGUGUUCGAUCAUCAGAAAGGCUCUACCCCUUUGAUGCAUGCCAUUUCAGGGCGCCAACUUGAUACAGUGAAAUUAUUGCUAAAGAUGGGAGCCAAUAUUAACACUCAAGAUGCCCGAGGGCGAACUAGUUUAUCUUUGGCAACGUAUCUGGGAUGGCUUGAGGGUUGUGUUAGCCUGCUAAGAAAUGGAGCCAGACAGAACAUUCCAGAUAAAAAUGGAAGAUUACCCCUACAUGCUGCCACUGCUGACCCCAAUGUCAGGCUUUUAUCUGUCUUGCUUCAGCAGUCAGAUCUAAGUGAAAUUAAUCAUCAGGAUAAUGAGGGAAUGACACCACUUCAUUGGGCUGCAUUCCACAAUCAGCCUCAGCAUGUUCAGACAUUGUUGCACAAAGGAUCAGAUCCAACUUUGGUGGACAAAGAUUUUAAAACAGUCUUUCACUGGGCAGUUCAGAGUGGAAACCGGAUCCUCUGUUCUAUUAUCCUGAACCACCAUCAAGGCCCAUCAAUAAUAAACUACGAUGAUGAGAAUGGGAAGACUUGCAUUCAUGUUGCAGCUGCGGCUGGAUACAGUGAUGUUAUUAGUGAGCUGGCUAAAAUCCCAGAAUGCAACCUGCAGGCGCUGGAUGUGGAUGACAGGACACCUUUGCAUUGGGCUGCAGCCGCAGGAAAAACUGACUGUGUUAAGACUCUGCUACAGCUGGGAGUGGAAAGCAGCCCUAGAGAUAUCAAUGAGAAUACACCCCUGUCAUAUGCCAUCUAUUGUGGACAUACAGCAUGCAUUGCGCUACUCUCUCAAGCAAACAGACCUGAGCUACUUCAUCACAUUUCUUCCCAGAACAAUAAAUUAUCAAAGAAGGAAGGGAGAUUCAGCAUGCUUAACCAAAUCUUCUCAUCUAAAAAGAAAAAAGGGGAUUGGAAAGUCAGUUUGAAGGAAAAGAGUACAGACAGAUCCCAGAAAGAAGAGACCUCAGAAGUAGAUGAGAUUAUCACCACAUUUGAUUGCAUAAUAGAUUCCAGCUUUGAUGGCUCAUCCAAAGAGUAUAUGAAAACCACUGACCUUAAGAAAAGAAAUGUAGACCUUAAGAAGUACCUCAUUUCAGAAAACAAGACACCAGAUUGCAAUGGCUUUCCACCAAUCAGAACACAAAGUCUCCCACCCAUAACUGUGAGUAAUUCUUUUUUAACAACUUCUCCCACUACGAUCUCCAACAUGAAUAUGGAUAAUGAUUUUGCAACUUGGUCUCAAAAAAGCAGAAGUGAACAUGAUUUGUCAAGUCAAAGAACCAGUCGACAAGCUUCGGACAGCCCUUGGAAAAUGGACAAAAACCAAACACCCAGAUAUAGAUUCUGGACAACUGUGUCUUCCGAUAAUAAACUGAUAGAUGGAUUGUUCCCAAACAGAUCCCAUCAUGUGGUAUGUCCUCCACAUCUUCCCCAUCUGACUAAUUUAUCACCAGAGAAAAACUUUCAGCAUACCACUUUAGAACUUCCCAGAGUAAAAGACCUAACAGCUAUAAGGAACAACCUGGCCCCCAUAGUAAAACAUGGUGAUCAAAAAGGCCAGCUAUCAAGCAACCAUGCUCCUCAAGGUGCCAGAGAGAUGAAUUUACUGUCUCUAAAUUCCCUGAGAACUGAGACAUCUGUUUUGCCACCAAUGUUUGCUACCAAGUCCACAAAAGGAGGACAUUCCCAGAUUUACUUUCCAUUCUCAUUCUUAUCACUGCAAUCAACUGAGCCUCUGGGAACCAGCAAAGUCCUCCCAGCCAUUCCAAGCCAGAAAGAAUCCAGCUACACGAGUGAAAUGCUCGAUCAAUCACAUUGUGACUCAUUCAGUGACUAUUAGUGCAGAAGCCCCACGUGGUGGAAACGUGAAUAAAAAGCACUAAAAAUACUAAAUGUUUGCUUUCUAAUCCACUGCUGAAGGGCUAGGAAACUGAUAUUUUAAAAAGCAGAUAUUUAUUACUGCCAUUUUUUGACCCAUUUAAUUUUAUCCUGUAUUGGGAACAUGCUAGCACUAUGCAAAUAAAUGGAGAAACAAAGAAAAGGAAAUGCAACUUAAUUUUGCUACCUAAAUUUUGCUCUAACUGCAAAGUAAUCAAACAAUACAAGUCUGACAAAGCACAAAAAGUUUCUAAAUAUGAUAUUCCUGUAUAUCUGGCCUUUU